AUGAAAAAUCAAAUUCUUCAUCUAAUGAAUCAGAUCAACACUUCUGUAAAAAAUGGCUUAUUUAAUGCGCAAUUGGCGAAUCAGAUUUUUGUGCUCUGUCAGCAACUCAAAACAUCCGGUCAAAUCCUGGAGCAAUCCCACAAAACUGAAAUGAAUCGAGUAUUUGUUUCUUUACGACAAGCGUGUUGCCGGGACAAUGGACAAUUAGGUACACCUUGCCGAUUGAAAAUGAUGGAACUUGUUGAAUUAAGAGCGAUGGGUUGGAGACCAAGUUUGGCUCAUACACAGUAUUAUUUGAACCGUCCAGAACAUCAGUCACCAAUUGAUUCAGGUCCUGUUAGUGCACCACCAUUUGGUGCCAUUCCGGUGAAUCCAUUUUCGAAUUACGCUGCACCUCCUCCACCACUAUACGUUAGUGGGGAGUUAACCGGAUCACAAAUAAUAAGUCCUCAACCACCACCAGCCAGCUUUUACCUAAUUCCUGCUGCAGGUAAUUGGGUGAGACCAUUAUUAGCGCCUGGCGUUGUACCAUCAAGUAAUAUCAUCCCUCAGAUUUCGCCAAUCGAAAUGGAAGCAUGGGCUCGAGUUAAUAAAUUUCAGCCCGCCAAACUGAAAUUAAAAACUCCUUCGAACAAAGUUCCUCAGCUACGUCAUGAGAUGGUCAUUCGUAAUAGCGACUCAGGAAAAAUAAUGGGUGUGAAAGGUCGUCGAGUUGCAGUAGUUGAAGAACUUAGCAAAACGGUCAUUUCAUUUCAAAAAGUUGAUCCAAAAAGUAAAGAUCGAACGUUGACAAUAACGGGUAGCACUCAGGAGUCACUGGAUUACGCUAAGCGUCUUAUUGAACAAACCAUUCGGCGAAAUGUUUCACCAAAUCGAAGAAGAUUAAGAGAAAAUAACGAAUUUUGUUUCAAGCCAGAAGAUCAAGAAGGAGUUGAAGUGGAAGAUAAUGAAGACGCCGCACAAGCAGCACUUUGCGAAUAUCUUACUCGAGUUGGACGAAAUCAUUCAAAGCUAACAGCUGAAGAACGAGAGCUUAGAAAAGAAAGACGGAAAUCGAUGCCGUUGUCUACAAAUAUCUCCAGUAAUACAGCGGCGCCCUCGACAUCGUCAUCGUUAUCAUCGUCAUCGAAAAAUUGGCGUUCGACUGGAAAAACAGGAAGUACACCAAAUUUGGUCCGUCUCAGUACUGGUGAUCGAAAUUAUUCGCGUAGUCAAAUGCUUCAAUUACGCUCGACCGCUGGUCAACUUGAUUCGAAAAUGGAUUUGAUGCUAAGAAAUUCAUAA